UUCUCGUAUCGACUUCAAAGAGACAAGAAGUAACCACUCCACAGUCCACCAUGAAAUUUAUCAUCUUAACCGUAGCACUUCUAGCCGUCGCACAGGCGAGACCAGAUGCCUUUGAUGCACAAGCCGAAACACGUGAAUUCAAGAGUAACGUGAAUGAGGAUGGCAGCUACAACUAUCAAUAUCAGACCUCAAAUGGCAUAGCCCAACAGGAGCAAGGAGUUGGUGGUCAAUAUGCUAGCGGCUCUUCAGCAUAUUACAGUCCCGAUGGAGAGUUGGUGCAGCUGACAUACACUGCCGAUGAGAAUGGAUUCCAUCCACAGGGUGCUCAUUUGCCCACUCCACCACCAAUUCCAGCAGCUAUCCUGAGAGGCUUGGAGUACAUUCGCACACAUCCGCAUCAAGAGGAGCGUCAGGAGCGUCGCCAUGGACGCUUCUAAGUGCCACCAAAUGAUUAUAAGGCUUCUUUGUUUAUUCUUACAAUUUUAUGUUAAAUAAGAGCUCAGUUAACAAGCUAAUUUUUAAGCUGUUUGGAAAUAAAACACCAUCUUCCAUUUAUUAUAAACUUA